AUGUCCGUCAGCCUGAGCCUGCUGUCCGCUGGAAGGCAUCCGAUCUCACCAACUUUCAGUCUUGCAUGCAGUAUGGUGAGCGACUUUGGAAAGCAAGUAGGCCAGGAUUCACGUCUUUCUCUGCUCACUGACCGUGGUGCUAGGAGGACUCGGGGCCAGCGGCAGAAAUUAGGCAUGUAUGUCUUUUCGUGGUGGCCUGAUUGGUGGUGUGUAUCCGGGUGUUGUUGUUGCACUGCUCAUGGUUGUCUGACUGCCACAUGGAUGGAUCGAUGGCACGGCUCGAUCUGUAUCAGUACCGCCGUGCUCGCAAUAUCUGGACGGUCGAUCCUACGGGCAGAAGCGUUCCUAAAUCAUGCACGCGGAGCAAGCUCUGUCGACGCCGGGCACUUCGGAGGUAGUUCCUUGAGAGAGUUGUUCCAAAGAUCACAUCAAGAAGCGACGCCUCUGGCCGCCGGUCAGUGGGUCGACUCGACUCGUGCACAGGAAUACUGCAGUCUCCUGCAGUACCAUUGA